ACUGUCACAGUUGCAGCAGCCGGCCUGAAAAGCGGAUAAUCUGGAGACUCGGGCUGCUUUUUACGCAAUCCCCACUUCGUUUGAGACAAACGCUUGACCUGCAGCCCUCUGAUUGACGCAAGUUGCAACGCCGCCCUCGAUUGAUGGGCUGACGUCGACCUCGUUGAGUCCCAUCUUGGCAGAUAUCCGGCGAUCUGCUAAUCUCGCAAAUACUACCUCGACGGCGACACCACACAGCCAUCAUCGCCCAUCCUUCUCCCGGAAAUUCGGCUCCAGGUUUUGCAAAGUGAAAGGCAGCCAUGUUCGAACUGCCAGAGGCCAAGAGGGUUCGUCGCGCAGACCUCGACGCCUCAGAUGAUGCCGCUGGCAGUGAUGACGAGGGUUACGACGCAGAGCUUCAGGCAAAACUGAAUGCUCAGAUUGCAAGGUCGCUUGGGCUAGAUGAGAGCUACGCCCAGCCGCGGGAUUUCGCUGCGACGCCGUCUCAUCUCACAAGACACGGGUUAGAUGCCCAUGAGUCCGAGUCCGAGCCCGAGUCCGAGGCUGAAGCCGAAGACGACGAGGAUGCAGGCAACGAAGAAUUUGCAUUCCGCCUGUUCAACUCCACGCGGCCAUCUCAGAAGGUUGUCUUGGAGGAGGACCUCGGGCCACAGGGCGAUGGCGGAUUCGCUUUCCCUCGUCCGUUAUUUCACUACAUGGCCACAAACCUGACAGCGGACCAAAAACAGCAGUACGUCUUUGCGGCCGUGAGCGGAGACGAAGUCCUGGCAAGAUCCAAGGAUCGCGCUUGGGGCCUCGAGCUACCAUGGAAGGUUACAAAUAUCGCCGUGACACGGAAACGAAGACCCGGGGAGUCGACCUGCACAGCAGAGCAAGUGACGGAGAAAAAGAAGGGGAAGCCGGGCAAGAAGCAGCGGAUUUCACUUCGCAAGAGAGCUAAAGCCAGAGAGGAGACGGAAAGGGUCGAGGCGCAAAAGCUGUUGGAGAAGGAAGAACACAGCAAGGAUAAGAAGAAGAGAAUGAAUCGGCUAAAGAAGUUGAGGAAGAGGGCGAAGAACAAAGAGAUGAAGGCAGCGGCUAAUAAGGACGGUGAGGCAGGGGCUGAAGACUCCGGGGAUGAGUCGGCAGGUUCCGAUUAAAGACAUGGGAAACCCAAGGUACCUAGGUAGAUACGAUGGAACAAACCAGACAGAUUGAGCAACCUUGCAAUUGCAUUUCGUGUCACAAUUGUAUCGCCAUCACGGUAUUGUACGGGGUCUUGCUUGCCGUAGU